AGGACAAACACAGAUAUUAUUAUAGCUCCAGCCAACUCUCCUCUCCAAUAUCCAAUGACAAGUUUCAAGGUAGCUCCUCUGAGGAAAAGUUUGAUACCAGGUCUUGCUCUUCAAACACAAGGGAGAGGUAUAACAUCAAACAAGAGGGAGGUGUACAAGGUGUCUUUGAGUGUGAAUAAAGGAGUUCUCUCAGUGGAGGAUCUUCUGGAUGGAGAUCAGGUGGAGGGACAGGGUCGGAGUAAUCUGACCAUCUCAUCCAGCAACCUCACACAACUCAACGAUCUGCUCUCCAGAGUGACCUACACCAGCACCAUCUACCACAUCAAGACUAAAGAUCUGGUUUAUUUCAAUUUUGAGGAUCACAAAGCCAUAUUUCCAAUUAUAAUUAGGAGACCAUCAAUUCCUGUUUUGUAUGACCCAGGAAAAGAUAUCAACUCACAGGUGACCAUAAUAACCAAGACCUUUCUGAGGUAUAAGGAACUGAACGUCCUCAUCCAGAGUAUCAGGAAAUUUUACCCAAAGAUCAAGAUCAUUAUUGCGGAUGACAGCCUAAAGCCUGAACAUGUGUCUGGAAACAACAUUGAGCACUACAUCAUGCCUCCUGCACAGGUAAACACGUAA